AUGAAACACUCCGCCGCGGGAGAGCCGGCAAAUGACAUGCUUACUGCCCAGUAUACACCCGUCAGCCAUGAAGAAGAGCGACCAAGAGCACUCUCUCCGCGCUCGACCUCGUUCUUCGCGUGGCGAGGUCGCAAGAAGAAGUCGCGGCCUCGACAAGCGGCCGCACUCUUCAUCGAGUAUGGCCUCGAACCCGGAGACCGAACACAAGGUUACGACAAAAUUUGCAACAUCUGUCGAGAAGGAGUGCGCGGGCCAGUCGUCACGGUGUGCAAGCACACAUACUGCUUCUCUUGCAUCUACACAUGGCUCGGACGAAGCUCUUUAUGCCCUGAUUGCCGGCAACAACUCAAGCGAGACUGGACGAGUGACUCCAACACUUCUAACACCGUCACUCCGACCAAAGGCUCUACCGAACGUAAUUCCACGUCACACGAGAUUGGCACCCCGCAGAGCUUACCUAUACCGAAGUCGGGAUAUUACUUCAGGGCACGUAGUCCAGACGUGCAGGAGCUUUCCAACCGACUGGCCGCUUUGACGCGACACGAUGCGGCGCCCCGAACCUCACAGGACACGACAAGCACGACAUCGACGACAUCAUCCGGCUCGCAAGGCAGCCGCACUUGGUGCCUGCAGAGACGCAGUCCACUCAGAAACCAAGCCGCCGACCUGAACCUGUCCUACCAGCUGCGGGAUUACAACCACUCUAGCGAAUCGCACCGACGUCGCAACGAUGAGCAAGCCUACACGACAGCGUCCAGCGUCAAGUCGGUAUCGCCUGAACCGCCGUCAAGAGUCAAAACGCCAUCGCCGCCAUCUCCAAUGCUCGAUACCUUCCGUGCCGACAAGAGACCACAUUCUCCUCCAAGGCGACCCAUACAGGACCGGCAUCCGCCACCAGUUCCCACCAUAACUACCAUAACCAUCAACGCCGACGAGCUCCUCGGCACGAUGUAUCGAAUGGAAACAAAACUCCUGUCGAAAGAAGACCUCCCUCCCCUCCCGAUCCGUUGUCGCGCAAUGUCCAAAUGCGUCUGGCGCGAAUGGCGAGAACUUCUUCACGCAUACCAAGGUCACGAAAUGACCAUCGAAGCACUCAUCCAAGCUUUGAUCGCAUCCUUCCAAAAGACCGUCGUCGAUUACGGGUGGGCUACAGACUGGACGGAGUUAGACGAGGCGUUCGUGAAGGUCAUGCAGAGGAUUGCAUGGAGUGUUGCUUCUUCUGCUGCUCCUGCUGCUGCUCCUGCCGCUCCUACUGCUGCUUCUCUCGCUGAAACUGCUGGGCCGACAGGGGUGGUUGGCGAGGCGACUUCAAAUCAAGGGGUACUGUAA